GGAUAUUGACAGACACAAACUUUGGUAGCAAGUCGUUGCAGAUCUGGGAUAAAAAGGUCAGAAACGGUUACAUUAAGCGGAUAACUGACAACGACAUUCAGUCUCUCAUAUUGGAAAUUAUGGGAAGAAAUGUCAGUAUGACUUACAUCACGUGCCCUGGAGACAGUCACAGUCACAGACAAAGACAAAAGAAAAUUUUGAGCAUAAAACUCCCUUUCCUUGUAAUGAUCAUCAAGAACUUGAAGAAAUAUUUCACUUUUAAAGUGACGGUGCUGGAUGAUAAAGGAGUUAGAUGGCGUUUUAGAGCUUCCAAUUAUCAGUCGACAACAAGAGUGAAACCAUUCAUAUGUAGAAUGCCUAUGAGACUUGAUGAGGGAUGGAACCAAAUUCAGAUAUUGCGAGUAGCCGUGCUUAUAUUACUACUGUGUUUAGUGCAGAGAGAAAUGUAUGCUUUAUGUACAAUACUUUACAGUGGAUUUUAUCUUUUAGUAUUACAUACUGUACUGUAUUCUAGUGUACUGAGAGAUGCAUUUAUAGACAUUUAUACACAUUUCAGUCUUAUAAGACUACAAGACUUAGAGAUAGUAUAUUUCUCUGAUCGUCUCUACUCUGAAGAUGAACUGCCAGCAGAAUUCAAGUUUUUUUCUGCCGGUCUCUCAAGCAGCAGAGCAGAAGUGACAUGA